AAUAAAAACCACUAAAGAUAUAAUACUGUUGCUUUUUUAAAAGAAGUUUUCACUAAUUUUUUUUUUAUCAAGACUUUGUAAUUAUCUACAAGGUAGGUAGUUAGGUGUCUAUCCUUUUGUGAAUUUUGUAAAAAGCACAAGGGAAAGUGACUACAUGUAAGACAAUACAGUCCCUAAAUAGACAGAGCUAGUGAUUAGACCCUCCUUUUGGAGAUUUGGGUUCGUUAUCUGCUCAUCUGUUUGACAACGAUGUCUCCUCUAUCUCAAUAUAUAUUACUAGUACUAAAUCUUGUAAAGAUUAAAGCAUAUUUAAGUGUGAUAGCCUCACCACUUCAGCUGCACAAGAACUGAAAGAUAACAAGAAAGGUGUAGUGGGGAGUUAGAUUCCAGGAAGUAGACAGUGUAUAGGGUUAAGGGAACUUGUCUGCCAUCUUGCUGAAUUAUCCUGUGUCAAAGAUGCUGUUACUUCCUGUGUUUAAACUUGUCCAUAACAUUAGUCAAAGGGCUUGUACCAACCCACUUAUAGUGGCAUAUGCGGUUGGGCAAUUGGAUUUCUUAACCAAGCAAUGAAAAAAAGGCGAUUACCAAAAAUCAGCAUGUAUGGCCAAGUCAUGUCAUAACAUGAGAAACUGAAACUUUUAAAUCUACAUGUGUUAAGAUUAAAGCAUUAUGUUAAUUUCUAACCUUUAAGCUAUCACUAAAAAUAUCAAAUGAUUCUCUAGUUUACAAGUCUAUCGAGGCCACAUAAUGAAUUUUAAAAUUAAAACAAAAUUGACAAACUGUUGAAAUGAUAUAAAAGCCCAGAGACAUUUUGUCUACUACUGGGGGAGAGAAAGGACAUCUGGAUUGGUUGAAAUGAAGAUGUUGCGGGACAGCAACCCCAGACCUGGAAAAGGACUUCAAAAUCAGUGGCCAUCAGGCACUGCCUUAACCUCAGUGCACCACUGAGGCUCUCUGAAAUCCAAAGAAUAUGAGGUAGCAAAAGAACCACAUAUACAUGCCAGACUUCACCUUUUUUGUGUCUCCUUGGCUAGCUUAGCAGCCAACUGCUCUUCUCUUUCGGUAUGUCUCUGGUUCCUGUGCCCAUUCCACUUCUUCUUUCUGCCCCUCUUGCCGCAGGCGUUUAAGUUCUCCCUCUCUUUUUUGAACUUUGAUACAGUUUCAUGAAUCAUCAGUAUCUUGUCUGAUAGUCAUUGGCUUGGCAUAAAGGUGUUCAGCAUUUAGCAAGGAACAGAGCAUCAUCCUCAGUAUUGAAUAACAUCCGUUCAACUGGGAAACUUAUCUUCUACUUUGUGUUUCAUAGGACAAGUUCUCUUUGAUCUCCCAGGAGUCUGUUUUGACCUCUGCAGAUAGGUUGGAGUGAGAAAGCAAGCCUCUGCUUUUUUGACAAUCCCAGGAAACAUUGAAGAGAUGGAGAAGCCGAAGCUUAGCAAGAUUAAGUAGCUUGCCAAAGGCCACAGUUAAUAAGAGGAAGUCCUUAGCAUGGCGGCUUCAUGCCAGCCACCCUUCCCCACAUCCCUAGGGUGCUCCUGGCCAGAGGCAGCACAGGACAAUCCCUCAACUGGUCAUGCUGAACUCCUUACUCUGAUGGCUGUUCCAUAAGAUCAAGACUGAGUCCCCUCCCUUCUCCCACUUUACCAAUGCCUGGUCUCAUGGGGUUAGUUUUGAGCCCAACACUAUGGCAUCAUCAACCUCCUCAGCUCCUCGCUCCCGGUCCAAGAAGCCUCUGGGCAAGAUGGCUGACUGGUUCAGGCAGGCCCUGUCGAAGAAGCCCAAGAAGAUACUGGAAUCCUCAGACGGCCCCUCCAGUGACGUCUCACAGCCGAGCUCCCAGGACCACCCCCCACGCCUGGGCCUCAGCUCAACCUCGUCUCCAACACACGUGGUCGCCAGCAGCAGCGGCAGCAGCAGCAGCAGCAGCGGCCGCUGGAGCAAGGACUACGAUGUCUGUGUGUGCCACAGCGAGGAGGACCUGGCAGCCGCCCAGGAGCUGGUCUCCUACCUGGAAGGCAGCACCGCCAGCCUGCGCUGCUUCCUGCAGCUGCGGGAUGCAACCCCAGGCAGCGCCAUCGUGUCCGAGCUGUGCCAGGCACUGAGCAACAGUCACUGCCGCGUGCUGCUCAUCACCCCAGGCUUCCUGCAGGACCCGUGGUGCAAGUACCAGAUGCUGCAGGCCCUGAGUGAGGCUCCCGGGGCGGAGGGCCGCACCAUCCCCCUGAUGUCAGGCCUCGCCAGAGCCGCCUACCCCGCUGAGCUCCGGUUCAUGUACUUCGUGGACGGCCGGGGCCCCGACGGUGGCUUUCGCCAAGUCAAGGAAGCUGUCAUGCGUUGUAAGCUAUUAGGGAUCUGCAGACCAUCAGCUGACACUUCUAUCACCACGGGACCCAGAAAGUUGGAGCAAAGCCAGAAAUUGAGUUAGAGAGCCCAGGGUCUCACAGGGUCUUGGAUUCCGGCAGCUGUGACGAGGUGUAAGGAACCAGUCUGUAGCACUUUGUAUGUGAUCCUGGGCUCAGAUUGCCCAUCAGGCACCCAUUACCGGGGACUCCCCUACGAAGGCCAUGGGGAAGCUGGGGACUCCCCCUGAGGAAGACAUGAGGAAACUGGGGACUCCCCAGGAAGGCCAUGGGGAAGCCAGAAAUUGUAGGUGGUGGGAGGUGCUGAUACCACGAUGAUCACCAGUGUUUUGCCUCCGGCCCAACUGGACACAUGAAGCCCCGGCACAUGCCUACAUCUUCCCCUGGAAAGGUCACUUACCUGAUUCAUGGGCUAGAAGCCUACACCGCGUGCUUCAGAGGGGAUGGUGUCCCCAGUUGCCUGGCAUCAGGAGAAAGCAACAGGUACCGAUCCUUCACACUCACACUACUGCCCUUCUCUUUCCCAGGGAUGUUGUUCACUUCAGAAAUCUACACGAAAGAUGCAUUCAGCGCUGUCCUGAAUUUUUAUUGCACGUGUCAUUAAGACACAUCUAGAAACCAUUCUGAAUAGACAGGAGGUGGCAGGGAGCAGCAGGGGUGGAGGCAAGAAGAAGCUCAGACCCUGCACCUGGGUCAGAAGCCCACCCACCGAUGCUCUGACUCAUGGGGGCCUCAUCAAAGGUCUGACUAGAAGCCAAGCUUUUACAAGCUGCACUGAGAGAGAUGAGCUGUCUUCUUCUGGCAGAUGACUGUGGGCCUUGUAGGACAAGGUUUCAUUCACCUGUUCUCAAUAAGUCUGUUGUGGAACCGAAAUGAAUUUCGAAUACAUUCCCCUGAUGUGUAUUUUUGUGCCACUUCUCUCACUUCUCCCUACCACGUCCCCUCCUUUUACUGGAAAAAUUCAUAUAUGUAUAUAUAUACACACACACACACACACACACACACACACACAUAUAUGUAUAUAUAUAUGUGAGAUAUAAUUAAUAUAUUAACAUUAGUUUCAGGUAUAAAACAUGAUUUGACAUUUGUAUAUGUUGUGAAAACAUUUUCUAUUUUCAUUAUGCAUUAUUUUAUUACAUACAAAAAGACUAAAGAAUAUAAUGUACACUCCUGUCUAUUCCACUCAGCUUAAGAAGCCCAACCUUACAAUCCCUAUGGUACUCCCUUUGUGCCUUUAAUUACAUUCUCCUCCCUUUUCCCAUCAGAAGCAAUCACCCUUCUGAAUUUUGAAUUCAUCAUUGUUAGCUUUUCACGUAUACAUCCCUGAGAACAUAUUUACUUUUACAUGGUUUUGUACUGUAUCUAGUGGUAUUAUAAUGUUAGUAUUCUACAAAUUCUUUUUUUUUUAACCAUGUUAAGAUUUAUCCAUGUGGAUGCAUGUAACUAACACCAGGAACUUCACUAUGGUUCUAUUAUGUAAACAUACCACGAUUUAGUCACACAUUCCUUUACAAACAGACAUUUGGUUGUUUGCCAUUUGUUGCUAGUAAAAACAAUGAGUUUAUGAAUAUUUUUGUGCGUGUUUCCAUGAGCAAGAUUUUCUAGGACUUAGCCUAGAUGGGGAACAGCUGGGUAGUAAAUACACAUCUUCAGUUUCGGUAGAAAAUGCCAAAUUUUCUUCCAAAUUGGUUGUGUCAGUGUAUGUUCCCACCAUUAGUGUGUGAGAUUUCCCACUUUUUCAUGUUCUUACUAACACUUAGAAUUAUCGGAUUGGAAAAUGUUUGUUGACCUGGUGGGUGAAAACUGGUAUCCUAUUCUUUUCUUCUUUUUAAACUGUUUUGGUGUGUGUGUGUGUGAGAAAUUCUUUGUAUGUCAUAAACCGAAGAGAAUAAUUUGACCAAUACCCAUAUACCCAUCACCUGGCUUCAACAAUUACCAACUCAGAGCUAAGCUGAUAUCAACAAUCACCCCACUCAUUCCCUCCCCACCAGGUCCCUUUGAAGCAAAUCCCAGGCAUUAUUUUAUUCCUACAUAUCAAACUAUGUAUCUUUUUAGAAGUUUUCCAAAAAAAUGUAUCUUUUAGAGAACAGAAUGCUUUAUUUUUUAAUAUAAAACCUUUUACCUAUUA